AUGAAAAGCGAACCAAAACUUAUACUUAAUUCAGAGCAAGAUUUAGAACGAGAAUUUACCAUGAUUAGCACUCAGCUCGCAGAUAUAAGUAAGCUCUAAUUAGAGACUGAUUGGAAUAUGCGGAUAAAUGCCUUAAAAAGAAUGCAAGCCAUCAUCACAUCCGGAGGUCCUUCAUUCGAGAAUUUUAUUAGUUUGUUCUUAAAAUUCAUCAACCCUCUCUCAGUCCAGCUUAACGAUCUUAGGUCAGCCAUAGUAAAAGAAGCUGCCAAAACAGCCUCAAUUGCGGCUCAAACCUUAGGCGAUUCCUUUGAAAAUUGCGCUGAAAGGCUUGGUGAUACUCUUUUUCGAGUUCUUAACUCAGGAACCAAAAUUAUUGCAGACACCGGCCACCAGUGCUUACUAGAAAUUAUUGACGCGGUGACAUGUUGGAGACUGAUUCCUAAAACAGUAGAGCAAUAUACAAAUAAAAAUGCAAGCAUAAGGAUAAGAGCUUCGCAGUAUUUGAAAAUGAUGCUUGAAAAAUACCCGGUGGAGUUGUUUGAAUAUGCCUGCUCAAUAAAAAAUGGGUUUAUUGAAAUGGUUGAGCAAGGGCUGACACUUGCAGUAGCUGAUGCAGCUGCAGAUGCAAGAGCGUUUGGAAGACAAGCGUUCUUGGCAUAUAGAAAUCUGUAUCCUGAUAGAGCAAAUAGGCUGUUUAUAAGAUUUGAUAGUUCGGUGCAAAGGGCAUUUGGGGAUAUCCAAGGAGCAAUCCAAGUUUCAGCUGCUUUGACAUCGAAUACUCCUAAGAGGUCUACAUCAGCUAAAGGACCUAGAACAUCAUUAAAAAGUCCUGUAGUCAAAAAUAAGCAGCCAAGAGAGCCAACAUUUACAGAAGAAUCCCCAAAACUGCCUGAAAAAAUCAUAAACUCCCCCAAACGAGUAAAAUCAGCACUGCCAAAUGGUCUUCCAAAACUGAAUGAAAAGAAAAAAGAAGUUGUCCUUAAAGCAGAAGCAGAAAUGUCUAUGAAAACUAUGCCAGAAUCAGCUUUUAAGACAAUAUCUGACUAUGGGUCUACAGGUGGCAGUGCAAAUAUCGGAGAUUUAAUUAGACCUCCCCCUACAAAAGAAAGAAAGCCUGAACUAGAAAUCCCUGAAAAAGCUAAUAUCGAAGACCCAAUCACUAAAUUUGAAUUUAUCAUAGAAAAAACCUAUCAUGAAAAUUGGUCAACACGGCUUAAUUCUUUUGAAAGACUGGCAAAACAGUUUAAAGAUACUGACCGAGACGUUUAUAUCGAGCUAUUGUCUAAUUAUCAAGAUUUAUGGGAGAAAUUCAUUAUGGCUCAUAUAGAGCAUAUAAAUGAUUCAAAUUUCAAGGUGUCUGUGGCUUCUUUGGAGUCCCUAAAAACAACUGUGGAGCUAUUUCCUGAGAAAGUUAGCUUUUCACUAGAAAAACUUAUUCCAAAGCUGAUCGCUUGUAUGGGAGAUAAUAACAAUAAUGUGUCUACUAAAGGAAAUGAACUGAUUGAAUUGAUUCUUGAUAUUUAUAUCCCAGAAGACCUAUUAACUUUGCUGCUUCGAUAUUCUCCAGCAGAAAUGAAGCCCCGCACAAAAGCAAAACUUAUUGAAUUCUACGAGACCUUAGCCAGGUCAUCCACAGAUUUUUUUUCUUCCCAGCUUAAUGCCAAGCAAUUUAUUACUCGGUUGAUUGCUCUGCUUAAGGAUAACACAAAUAGGCAAUCAAUUCAACAAAUUGUAGCAACCAUUGAGACAUCAAUUGAAGCUAACCCAAAUACUACACUUAAUGCAGUGGCCGACCUGCCUCCACAAGAUCUGGCCUUCUUCAGAAGAUGCUUGCAAGAUGUAGGGUCGAGUUUGGAAGCUGAUAUAAGAGCGUUUAUGAGAAGAUCGACACCUGUGGAAAAUACCAAGCAGGAGGAAACUAACUUCCCCACUUCCAUAUCGAGCAAAAAAAUUUUGUUACUUUUAGAGUUGGGUUACUUUUGAAAAAAAAUUAUAUAUCGUGCCUUGAACCUUUUUGGGGUACCAGUAUACGAUCCUUACUGGACUGUCAGCUUCUCAUCUCAGAUUCUGAAAAUAAGAAGCUAGUCUUCCAGUAAAGGCCACAUACUGGUGUCCAAAAAGGCCCAAGGUGAGAAGUAAAUUUUAAGUUACUUUUUAGGAGAAUUUAAAAAAAUCCCAAUUCAAAUCGCAAAAAUCGGAGAGGAAUAUUUAUUUAAUUUGUAAAAUUUAUGUUUUAAAAUACAAGCUGUUUAAAAUUAAACAUAUAUAGCUAGAAUUCAUUAUAGUAAUUAUCACUUAUAUUCCAAAAAUUUUUUUGUUUGCUCACCCAAAAAUAGGGAUUUUUUAAUGGCUUUGUUCGCUCAAGGAGGGAGGAGAAGUAAGCAAAACUCAGCAAUAAAAACAAUUAUAAACCAAUGUCAAGCUUCAGGAGCGGUAAGAUAUGAUGGAUUGAAAAAAAUCCAAAAACUUAAUGAAACCAAUAGUGAUUCUUCAAUAUGAACUGAUAACUUAGGAAGCAUAGUUAAAGCUUGCCUAGAAUGCCUCAAUGACGAAGCCUUAUCUAUUAGAGAUUGUGCUCUACAAGUCCUUAAGGAAAUUUUCAGAAAUCACAGCACAGGACUUGCUGACAUCAUAAAAGAGUGCUUAACAUCUCUGGCCAAAGGUUUUUAUUUCGAAGAAAGACAUAUGCUCCAAACAACUGAAGAAGCUAUAGAAGAGUUGAUUUGCACCCAAAAUCCUUCUAUUUUAAUUCCCAUUCUCCUAGAAUUUAUUGCUAAAGAAGAAAUCCCAGCGAUCCAAGCGUUUAUCAGACAGCUAACAAAAGCUGUAAAAAGAUGUCCAGCAGAUAAGCUGUCAGGGCUGAUGAGAGUUGUGAUUAAUCAAAUGAAAGAGUCAUUUAAUCACAGCAAUGCUGACGUAAGGAAAUCUGUGGUAUUUUGUCUUGUUGAAAUUCAUUAUAUUUUGAGAGAAGGGUUCGAUAUAUAUUUAGAAGAGCUGAGCCCAAGUCAGCAAAAAUUGGUUACAAUAUAUAUACAAAGAAGGAUUUUGACUUAA